CAUCAAAUGAUACUCUCCUCUGUUAGACCAGAACUGAGCUACCAACUUCCCCGUAGCAAUGUCUUCUUCCAUAGCCAAAGUCAACACCUCCUUCAUCGCAAUCCUCAUCCUCCUCACCUCUCCUCUCUCCUCCUCAUCUCUCCCACACGAACCAGGCCCAUUACCGACCACAUGGCCCCACCAAUUCCACUCAAUUCUGGUGAUGAACUACACCGGAACCCUCCAGAUAAUCGACCUCUGGUACGACUGGCCCAACGGUCGAAACUUCAACAUCGUACAGGACCAGCUGGGUUCAAUCCUCUACGACCUCGAAUGGAACAACGGCACCUCCUUCUUCUACAGCUUAGACUCUUCCAAAAGCUGCAGCAGCGUUCAACUUGAAGUAGGUAUUCUCCGCCCAAAUUGGCUCGACGGAGCUGAGUAUCUGGGUCAGCGCCACGUGGAUGGGUUCCUCUGCAACGUUUGGACCAAGGUCGAUUUUCUUCAGUAUUAUGAGGACGUUGUCACCAAGAGGCCUGUUCUUUGGGUCUUUUACACAGGGAGGGAGGCACAUGUGAUGACAUUUGAGGUCGGAGCUGUGCUUGAAGAUGCAAAGUGGCAAGCUCCUGUCUACUGUUUUGAUAAGAAAGCUGAAAGUGAUAACAAGGGAGCAGGGUUUUCUAUCACUGGUGCUUCUAUGGCCGGGUUGAUAAGAAGUCCGUUCAUGGGGAUUUAGUGAUCUUCAUUUUCUAUUCAUGUGAUCUAAUGGUACUCUAAUAUUAAUUAAUUAUUGUAUAGAUUUUUAUCCUAAACUUGUUGAGAAUA